AUGAAGGAUAGAGUCAAGAAAUUUAGAGCAAGAAUACCUGAAAUCCCACUAUCUAAAAUGGCUUCAAAGGAGCCAAGUACUGUAUCUAAAAAGCGAAGACCUUACAUGGCUCCUCUCUCUAAGCUAAAUGAUUCACACAAGUUAAAAAGAAUAAAUUAAGAUUUGAAAUCGUAAUUGAAGAGAAACACUGAUUAAAUAUGGGAAAAUGAAAAGAUUUCGCUAAGAAAUAAAUUCUUUGUCCUUGAUCACACUGCGGAAGUGCUUGAAAAUUAUAGAAGAAUUUAAGAGAAUGAGAUCUUCAAUCAUGUAUUGCAUGAAGAAAGAGAUAAAAAGGCAUUCCUUAGGAGAGAAUCUAGGAAAGCUGAAAAUUUAAUAGAUAAUUAUGACUACAAGUUUGGAGAUUACAAAUACUUGUAAUCUACAGAAAAUAACACUAGCAUUUAUUAGAUUGCAGGUUCAGUUGAUAUCUUUUAUGAGCAGACACAAAUAAAGAAUAAUCAAUCUAAAUUAUCAAAUGGUCUUAAAUAGAUUGAAGCACCAUCAAUUAAUCAAAUGGCAUCAGGAUAAAUGAAUGAAUUUUAAGAUUAUAAGAGUAAAUAAAAAGAGCUGUAGAAUUUUAGAAUAGAAAAAAUGCUAACACCUCGAUCAAAUAAUCCUGACCUUUAAAAGUACUUAGAAGACAAAGCAGCAUAUGAGACUGCCUCUCUUGGUGAAACAUCAGCAGAUGAACUUACUAUAAAAUCUGCUUAAUCAGAGGAAGAUUCAGAUAAGAGAAUUGAUAUCAUUAGAGAAAAUAGUUUGGCAAAUGAAUUUGAUCAUAUUAAAAAUGUAGCCAAUCAAGUUGAAUAAUACGAGUAAAAGGUUGUCGAUGAAUAUAAACAUAUUGAUGUCUAUAGAGCGAAAGGAAAGUCCUACAACAAGAUAAAUUUCAAUGACCUGACGGUGCAUGAGAAUCUAAAUUACAUAAAGUUCAAUUUGAAGACCUCUACUGAGGCUUUUUAACUUUUUGAGUAGAUCAAAGAAAAGUAUGGCAAUCAUCCAGAGAUUCCAGCUGCCAUUGUUUAGAAAUUGGCAAAUAAAAGUAAUAUAAAACGAUAAUAAAUCAAUAAAAAGCUGUUAUCUAAAUGGGAAUAUAAGAGUAUUUUAAGAAGCAUUUCUCAAAACAUUGAACUUUUAGACAAUAAGCAACUAGUUGAUACUAUUUUUUCUAUAGGAAAACUACACAAACGUCAGACACUUAAAGAGAUUGAAACUGAUGUACCUUAAUUCUACUAAUUUUUUAACUAUUUUGUAAGAGACAUGCUUAAAGAAGCGAAAGAUAGAAUAAACGAACUUUAAACUGUUCAAGUGGCGUAUUUAGCUAAAGGAGUUGAAAAUAUGAGAAAAAUAUUAAAUGAUAAUAAUAAAAUCUUAGAGAAGGAAUUAAGAGAAGUAAUCAAAACUUAUUCUGUUUAAAAUGCAGCUAGCUUCGACCCAUAUUCUGUAAGCAAAGUUUUGAGAUAUUUAUACACUUAAAAUGAUGGGGGUGAAACCUCUUUAAAAGUAUAUGAGGCACUUGGUAUGAGAUUCUAUUAAAAUCUUAAAGAAAGAAGAGAGUCAAUGAGAGAAAUGACCUUAGAUGAUCCUCUAAUAGAUAUAGAGAUGAAGGAUAUUUUAGAUCUAAUAAGAGUAUAUUCAGUCUAUGCGAAACCAGAGAAAUAAUUAUUUGUACCUUAGCUAUUUUUAGACGAGAGCUUAGAAAAUCCAGAUAUGGGUGGAUAAAUGUAAUUACAAACCCAAUUAGAUAGUUCUCAAAUAAAAAUAGAGAAUUUAAACUAACUUUCUAAGGCAAUCUUAUCAGAGCUGCCAGAUAUUAUCUAAAAAAAGAGUGAAGAAAUUAACUUCUCAUAAAUAUCUGAUUUAAUGUUCCAUUAUACUUCAGCAGAUAUGAUGCAAAAUAAAAACUUUAUAUACUUCCUCGAGAAGACUGCAGAAGAUUAGCUUAUUCUAAGGGAAAAAUUUAUUACCUUAAACUCUGCUAGAUUAAUAUGGGGCUUCGGUAAAUUCAUGAAUAGACGCCUGUAGCCAAGAUACAAUCAAGAUAUCGGUGCCACUAUUAUCAAUAGAUAUGAACUAACAAAAGUUCCAUCAGUUAGUCAUAAGUUAUAACGAAGAGUAGUAGAUUUAAUUAUUGAGCACAAAAAGGCUAUUACUACUGAUAACUUAGCACUAAGUUUAUAUGCUAAUGCAUCUGUUGGCUUUUAUGAUAGGAUAUUUUUUGCAGAUGCUUUUUAAUAAUUCACACUCAAUGGCUAAGCACCUUCACUCAAGAAUAUCGGUUACUUUGCAUAAUCAAUGGCUUUACUAAGGAAUUAUGAGCAUUUUGAUCAUGCAAUUUUGUGGCUAGAGUAACUCAUAAUAAAUGAACCUUAGAAUUUCUAUGAAAAGAGUGGCUUCAAUAUUGCCUCAGAAUUUUCAUUUGUUUAGACUCUCUAAGCAUUGACAUAUUUGGAUUUGGAUAAAGUUAAGAAUAGUAUGAUAAUCCUGUAAUUCCUCGAUUUUUAUGCAAAGUCUUUGGAGAUUGAAAUGACUGAGACACACAUAAAUUUAGUCCCCAGCACUUUGUGGUCACUUAUGGCCUUGAAUAAACUUGAUUAGAAUUUCAAACUAAUGGAAAAAUGUCUGACUGUUGUUUAAAAUGAGAAAUUAAGCAAUUUAUCUUUUAGUGACUGUGUCCUAAUGAAUCAAGUGUUUAAUGAAUAUAUAAAGCAUAAAGAACUGCCUAUAGAUCCAGAGUAGAGAAGACUUUUCUUACAACUAGGAGUGAGAUAAGAUUAGAUUGAAUAAAAAUCAAAUAUUGAUUACUAUAAAAAGGUAUAUGGAGAUGACAUUGUAUACCAACUUAUCUAAUCAUUUAAGUUUAUGUCUUAUGAUGGAAAUUUCACCGUUGAUUGCUAUAACCCUGUCAGAGGUGGGUAUUAGGCACUAAUUGAUAUUGAUUUCGCUGAUAAAAAAUAUUCUUAUUUGAUGGCUAAUAAAUUUGAUACACUGAGAGACACAAAAAUCCUGAAUACCUACGAAAGAAUUAGAAGGGAAUAAUACAAGAAUUUAUGCAAAAAAGAUGGCAGAGAAUUGAUUAUUAUUGAUUACAAAGUAUUAGGACUGAUGUUUAAGAGUUCUCUAUCAAAAGAAGAAUUCAGAUAGAAAGUAUCUCAAGAACUAAUUAAACCAUAUUAAUGA